UGGAACAGAUAUAACAUUGGAACAUGUCUUGGAGCUUUGCUCAGCUUGUCACUGGACCUCCCGGCUCAGGAAAGUCUACAUACUGCUGUGGAAUGAAGGAAUUCCUCUCUGCAUUUGGUAGAAAAGUUGUGAUUGUCAAUCUGGACCCUGCAAAUGAUUCUCUACCCUAUGAGUGUGAGGUGGACAUUUCUGAGUUGAUAACUUUAUCGGAUGUGAUGGACAAAUUAAAACUUGGACCUAAUGGGAGCUUGGUCUACUGUAUGGAAUUUUUGGAGAAGAACGUGGAGUGGUUGCAUGAGAGACUGGAACAGUUUCAUGGAUCCUAUUUCUUGUUUGAUUUUCCUGGGCAAGUCGAGCUCUUCACGCAUCAUCAGUCUGUGCGGAACAUUGCCAAACAAUUGGAGGAAUGGAAGUUCAAGCUAGCCGCAGUCCAUUUAGUGGAUGCACACUAUUGCAGUGAUCCUGGGAAAUUCAUAUCUGUUCUGUUGACGUCCCUCUCCACUAUGAUCCAACUUGAAGUACCACAUGUCAACAUUCUCUCUAAAGUGGAUCUAAUGGAACAGUAUGGGAAACUAGCAUUUGGACUGGAAUACUAUACAGAGGUUAUGGACUUGUCUUACUUACUGGAGCGUUUGCCAGAGAGCAAUUUCUUCCUGAAGUAUAAGAAACUAAACGAAGCACUAAUUGGCCUUGUGGAGGACUACAGUCUUGUGUCCUUUAUUCCCCUAAAUGUACAGGAGAAGGAGAGUAUGUUCCAAGUGAUGAAGGUAGUGGAUAAAGCAAAUGGUUAUGUGUUUGGAAAGAACGAUGAAGCAGCUACAUUAUCGUCAAUGAUGUCUACUGCUAUGGGAGCGGACUUUGAUUUCUUCAAAACUACUUUAGCUAAAGAGAAAUAUCUAUCCUCAGAUACAUAAUAAUUAUACCAUUCAUUUCAAUAUAUUCUGAUUGUGCAAAAAAUAUCAUUUCCAGAUUACUGCUUUUGAAAAAAAAAU